UUGAGCCAAUAUAUAUGGGUUUGGGGUUAAGAAUGGUAAAAAGAAAAGGUUAGGGUUUGGCUGGCUUCUUCUCCACGACCGUACACUCCGUGAUUUUCCGGCAACGUGAAAUUGGCCACAGUAACCACCAUCAGAUUUUUUUUAGAGUAAUGGAACUAAUUAAGGGGACACAGAAAGUAUCCAAAGUUGCUCCGGGAGGUAUUAUUAGCAGCAUGCCGGAUAAUGUGGUAACUAAUAUUCUCGAUCGAUUGCCGUUACAAGAUGCGGUGAGGACUAGUAUCUUGUCGAGAAACUGGAGGUUUAAGUGGACUAUGCUUAGCCAACUUGUAUUUGAUUACAACUUCUAUAAAUAUUUAUUAAAAGUAGAAGGCAGAGUUACUUAUGAGAGAAUUAUAAAUAGGCUUCUUCUUCAUCUUAAAGGUGUCAUAAGAAAGUUUGUCCUCCACACAGACGUCGGGCGACGUUACCUCGAUGAUGAAGAUAUUGACCAAUGGAUUUUUUUCCUGUCUAGACAAGGAAUUAAGGACCUCACUAUUUGUAACGAUGAUGGACCGCUACUUAACUUGCCUACCCAUCUUUUCUCUUGUUUGGAGUUGAGACAUCUGAAGCUUGAUUGUUAUUGUUUUGAUCCUCCUGCGAGUUUUCGUGGUUUUCCAAAUCUAUUGAGCUUAGAGUUACGUAACGUACAAUUUGAAAGUGGGGAAGUUGUUAAGUUUUUUAGUCAAUGUCCUGCACUUACAAAUCUCAAAAUAUUAACUCAUUCUCUUUAUAACCUUUACGAUAAGUUGGUGAUAAAGUCCAGUAUUAUCUUUGACCUUCUGGGCGUUCUUCCAAAACUUCAAGAGCUAUAUUUGGAAUUUCUGUGCUGCGAGUUUUUAGAAGACGGUGCUAAAAAGAGGUCCCCUACCACCUUUCCCUGCCUCAAGACACUUAAAUUAUUAGCAAUCGAUUUAGAAAAUGGUAUUAUGUUAUCAUGUGCUUUUGAAAUGAUUAAGAGCUUCCCGAAUCUGCAGACUCUUGAAAUCACACCAAAUUAUUAUAGGGAUGAAAAAGCUGCAAUUUGUUCUCUAGAUGUAGACUACAAUACACUGGGGAUGUUGCAGCUUCGAAGUGUUGUCUUUACAUAUAUUAAAGCUUCAGAGAGUGAAGUAUGUUUGAUAAAGUAUUUACUUGCGUGUUCUCCUUUCCUAAAAAAGAUUGUUAUUCGUCCCCACAGCUGUCUAGCGCUCGGUGAACAGAUGAUGUUUGCUAAGAAGUUGUUGAAGCUCCAUCGAGCCUCCCCCGAUGUUGACAUCAAUCUAUGCUAGUUUUAUUUCUUUUGAACUUUUCUUAUAUUCCAUAGUUUUUGUUUAAGUUUGUAUAUGCACUUGGCAGUUGGCAACUUGCCACCACUCCUAGUUUACUUAUGUAACCCAGGUGGAACUUGUGUUUUAGAUAUGGAUAUGGUAAUGGUACUUGUUUUGGCUGUAAAUGGGCCUUUUUGUUUUAAAA